AUGUCGGCGCAAGACUACUGGGGCGGUGGCCAAGGAGGCCCGAACCAGGGCCCAAACCAGAACCAGAACCAGAAUCCAUAUGGAUAUACUACUGGAGACCAAGGCAGUCAGCACCAGCAGCAAUGGGGGCAGUCCCCGCAACCACCACCAAGCCAUGGAUACGGCGAUCAGGGCUCAGGAUACAACAACCAGGGCUACGACCAGUACAACCAGCAGUCACAGUAUGGCCAGCAGCAGCAAUACGGCCAUCAGCAGGGCUCGCAUGGAAGUCAAUAUCCCGCUGCCGACUACGGCGGUAACAACUACAACAACCAAUUCUCGCCUCCGCAGGACAGCACCUAUGGUCAGCAAGGCCGCUAUGACAGUCAAUCUCAGGGCCAGGGCCAGGGCUAUGGCUAUGGCUAUGGCACCAACGACCCGGCCCAGCAGCAACGCGGAUACUCGCCCAACCCGGCAGCGCAACAGCAUGGAUCGGGGUACGACGGCAACUACAACGCCACCAGCGGCAACCAAUACAGCGACCCCAACCACCAAGCGUAUCCAGGCCAGCCUGGCAUGGGCACCACGAUGGCGAUGACGCCGGACGGCUCCAUGGUCCACGACCCCAACUCGCAGGACCGCGGCCUGAUGGGCGCGCUGGCGGGCGGCGCGAUCGGCGCGUACGGCGGGCACAAGGUCAACCACGGAUUCCUGGGAGCGGUGGGCGGCGCGAUCACGGGCUCACUGGCCGAGGACGCAUUGAAGAAAACCAAGAAGGACAAAAAGUCAAAGAAAACCAAGGCCGGCGCUGGCGCCGGCGGAUACGCGCAUGGCUCGAAGCCAGCGAAGCACGGCUCCCGACGGGGUUCAUCUUCAAGCAGCAGUAGUUCUUCAUCCUCUGAUUCCGACCACAAGAAGAAGCACAAACACAAGGUAGGCGCCACUAGCACCCUCGCUGGCAACUUCAGCGCGAGCUGCACGAGCAUCACGCUCGACCGGGACUUCGACCUGAUCGCGUCGUGUCCGAACGUGCAGGGCCAGUACAAGCUGUCGUCGUUGUCGCUGAAUGGCUGUCUGUCGAACCAGCACGGCGGGUUUGUGUGGGCGCGCGGGGGGAAUUUCGCCGCGAGCGCGAGGAACGUGAGGCUGGUCGAGGGGGGGAAGGUGCUGGAGGCGGAGCUCGGCACCGGCGGUGGCGGCUGGAAAUGGGCGCGCGUGAGGCUGGAUGAGAAGGUCAGUAACGAGGACGGCGAGUUGGUGUUUUUGGGCUGA